UGCCGUCCCCGCUGUCCCCAGGGCGGGGCGCAGGAGGUGCAGGCGGAGAACGUGACGGUGCUGGAGGGCGGCACGGCCGAGAUCACUUGUCACCUCCACCAGUAUGACGGCUCCAUCGUCGUCAUCCAGAACCCCGCCCGGCAGACCCUCUUCUUCAACGGCACCCGCGCGCUGAAGGACGAGCGGUUCCAGCUGGCGGAGUUCAGCCGGCGACGCGUGCGCCUGCGCCUGUCCCGCGCCCGGCUGGAGGACGAGGGCGGCUACUUCUGCCAGCUCUACGCCGAUGACACCCACCACCAGAUCGCCACCCUCACCGUCCUGGUGCCCCCCGAGGACCCGGUGGUGGAGGCGGUGGAGGCGGCGGUGGAGGGGGGGGAGGUGGAGCUGAGCUGCCUGGUGCCCCGCGCCCGGCCCCCCGCCACCCUGCGCUGGUACCGCGACCGCCGCGAGCUCCAAGGGUCGCCGAGCCGGGAGCAGCAGGGGAAGGUUUUCCGCCAGCGCAGCGUGCUGCGCCUGCGCGUGGAGCGCAGGGACCACGGCGCCGUCGUCACCUGCGAGGUCACCCACCCCGCCCUGGGCAGGGGACAGCGCCGGCAGGGACACUACACCCUCGACGUCCAGUACGCCCCCACGGCGCGGAUCCACCCGUCGCAGAGCGUCCUGCGGGAAGGCGACACGCUGGUGCUGACCUGCGCCGUCAACGGCAACCCCCGCCCCACCGAGAUCGCCUGGAGCCGGGGGAACGAGUCGCUGCCGGCGCGGGCGCGGGCGGAGGGCGAGGUGCUGACGCUGCCGGCGCUCGGCCCCCAGGACAACGGCACCUACAGCUGCCAGGCCGGCAACCCCCACGGCCGCGCCGCCGACCACUACGUCCUCGUCGUCUACGACCCCGGGGCGGUGGUGGCGGCGCAGCGGUCGGUGCCCUACGCCAUCGUGGGGGGGAUCCUGGCCCUCCUCGUCUUCCUCCUCAUCUGCCUCCUGGCCACCAUGGUCUGGUGCUCCAUCCGCCAGAAAGGGUCGUACCUGACGCACGAGGCGAGCGGGCUGGAGGAGCACGGGGAGGCGCGGGAGGCCUUCCUGGGGGGAGAGCCCGGGAAGCGCAAGGAGGAGUUCUUCAUCUGAGGGGGGG